AUGUGCAGGGCCAGCAAGUCACAGUUCAGAACACUCUGUGCAGAAUACACAGAUGAUAAUGCCCUGAUUCCGAAGAACUCAUCUGUAAUUGUGAGAAGAAUCCCUAUUGGCGGAGUGAAAGCUACCAGCAAAACAUACGUUAUAAGUCGAACUGAGCCAGUGAGUGGAACAUCAAAAGCAGUAUGUAAAAACCCAAUCUCACACUUUUUUCUACACACUGAUCUUAAUUUUACACAACGUAGCCCUUUAUUAAUUUUCCAAACAUUAACUUAA